UCCGGGUCAGAUGCAGCGGCCCUGCGGCGUCACAGCCACGCCAGACGGCAACUACGUGGUCUCCGACUUCGAGAACCGCUGCCUGUCCGUGUUCGACCCGCUCGGAAAACUGGUGCGCCGCAUCGGACACGGCAAGCUGCAAGGGCCCAAGGGUGUGACGACCGACCGUAACGGCAACCUGCUGGUGGUGGACAACCGGGGCUCGGCUGUAGUGACGUUCUCGCCGGGCGGCCGGCUGCUGGCGCGGUUCGGCAGCCGCGGCACCGGCCAGCAUCAGUUCGCCGGACCUCACUACGUCGCGGUCGACAGCCAGCAGCGGGCCGUCGUCACCGACUUCCACAACCACUCGGUCAAGGUGUUCAGUGCGGACGGUAAGCACCUGUUCAGUUUUGGAGGGAACGGUGAGGCGGCCGGGCAGUUUAACGCGCCCACCGGCGUCACGACAGACCGGUACGACAACAUCCUAGUGGCCGACUGGGGCAACAGCCGGGUCCAGGUGUUCGACAACACGGGUCGCUACCUCUCGACAGUGGACUCGAGCGCCACGCCACUCUACGGGCCGCAGGGGCUGGCCAUGUCCCCGGAAGGACACGUCAUCGUCGCUGACACCGGCAACCACGCCAUCAAGAUGUACGCCUACCACCCGCUGGGCGGGUAGCGCCGCUGCCGGCUGCCUGCGUCGAGGCGCUGCGGGGAAGAGCGUCGGCCCGCUCAGACCGGCUCUAAACCGGCUGGUGAGGGCCGCCGUCCCGAGGAAGCCCGACG